AUAAAUUAUUUCAGGGCAAAACGUGUGUGAUGCGCAGCCAGGAGGACCAGCCGUGCGUGUAGCAGUGAUUCUGAACGUCUCCUCCCCUGUUUCUGCAGUGUUACCGCUUUCCCUUCUCGCUCAUCGUUUCUUGUGCCAGUGCCGUCCACCGCAAGAGUAAGACAAGCCUCCCAUUUGCAUAACAUCACACACCACUCUUUCUUGUCUGCCACCAUCCCUCUGCUUGAUAUCCAUCUUGUCCUGAUCCUUGUGGUGUGUGGUCUGUCCUCUCAAUCUUUCACCAUUCAUUCACGCCUACUCUCAUGUGCAGUCUAGGCUCUUUGCGUUUUCCAGUUCAGAGAGAAAAGCAAGGGAAUUUUUUCCACUCAGUUUCCACAAAUUGACAGUUUGGAGGAAUUUCUGACUGAUACAAGCCGGACGAAUGAGAACAGAGACAUUCGUUUAAUUGAUUUUAUGCAACAACAAGCGCACGUAUCCAGAGACGAUAAAGCUGAAAACGCACUGUGGUAUUUGAAAAAUUACUUAGCUUUGCGGAGGGUGUUGUCACCGUGGAACAAAGGGACAGUGUUAAGUUUGCUGAGGACCUGUCAGAAAAAAAACCAGCGAAGCACUGGGGAAAGCUACGCGUCACAUCCAAGACAUCAGCGCAACAAGGCAGCAAGCACCAUUACACCAGCCUGCUGUGUGAAUGGCACACGGGAGUCUUCCUCUGCUGAGCUGGUGCAGCGUAGCCGCGCUGUGACCACGGUCCAGGGUUUUCUCUGCUAAAUCUACUGGCCCACAUCUGGCUUUUAAAACUCUCUUUACAAUUCCUUACUUCAAGAUAAACCGUCUUUCCACGGAGCAUUUUGAAAGUGAGGUUCAUCUGCUAAGGCCACAAGUUCCACCUUGAGCAGACGUCGCCAUGUUGCUGCACAAACAGAUGCUGAGAUGCACUCCACGUGUGACCCCAUAUAUGUCCAUCUCUCUUCUGCUGGUUCUGCUCCCGGGAGUCACUCAUUUCUCCCAUGGCACUGCCAGCUAUGAAGAUACUGGCAGCACAUUAGGCAACUGUUCCAGUGAAGAUAACUGCUCUGAUGGUGUGGUGCUUCCCAUGUGGAACCCCCAAAACCCAGCAGUGGGUGACAAGGUGGCACGCGCCAUUGUUUACUUUGCAGCUCUCAUAUACAUGUUCCUGGGCAUGUCCAUCAUUGCAGACCGCUUCAUGUCUUCUAUCGAGGUCAUCACAUCGCAGGAAAAGGAAAUCACAAUCAAGAAGCCUAAUGGUGAAACGACAACAACUACUGUGCGCAUCUGGAAUGAGACAGUUUCUAACCUGACCUUGAUGGCAUUGGGUUCAUCAGCACCAGAGAUCCUGCUGUCUGUCAUUGAAGUGAUUGGCCAUAAUUUUGAGGCUGGAGCUUUGGGUCCCAGCACCAUUGUGGGCAGCGCUGCAUUCAACAUGUUUAUUAUUAUCGCUAUCUGUGUCUAUGUGGUGCCAGAAAGUGAAACCCGCAAAAUAAAGCACCUGCGGGUGUUUUUCGUUACUGCUGCCUGGAGCGUGUUCGCCUACAUCUGGCUGUAUCUCAUCCUAUCUGUGUUCUCCCCAGGAGAGGUGGAGAUUUGGGAGGCCAUCCUCACCUUCCUUUUCUUCCCUCUCUGUGUGCUGCAAGCCUGGAUUGCAGACCGGCGCCUGCUCUUCUACAAGUAUGUCCAUAAGCGUUAUCGUGCUGACAAGUCCCGUGGCAUUAUCAUUGAGUCAGAGGGUGAUGCCAUGUUCACUAAAAUGGACUUGGAGAUGGACGGCCAGGGCAUGAACUCCCAUACUCACCCCAAAGAGGCUCUGGAUGGGAUGCUGGAGGGGGUGGAGGAAGGUGGAGGAAUGACCUCAGAGCAAGAUCAAGAGGAAGAGGCACGACGGGAGAUGGCUCGCACUCUGAAAGAGUUAAAACAGAGGCACCCAGAGAAGGACAUGGAGCAGCUGAUUGAGAUGGCCAACUACCAAGUACUGGUUCAGCAACAGAAGAGCCGGGCCUUCUAUCGCAUUCAAGCAACCCGCAUGAUGAUCGGAGCUGGGAACAUCCUGAAAAAGCAUGCUGCAGACCAGGCUCGGAAGGUGGUGAGCUGUCAUGAGGCCAGUGGGCAAGAGGAAGAUCCCAACACUGUUUACUUGCAGUUUGACCCCUCUCACUACCAGUGCUUUGAGAACUGUGGCUCACUAAAGCUGUCAGUGAGCCGGCAUGGAGGACAAAGUGGCUGCACUGUGAAGGUGGACUACCGUACAGAGGAUGGGACUGCCAAUGCAGGCUCAGACUAUGAGUUUGCUGAGGGUACACUGGUCUUCAAGCCCGGCGAGACGACAAAAGAAUUUACUGUUGGCGUUAUUGAUGAUGACAUAUUUGAAGAGGAUGAGCACUUUUAUGUGCGCCUUAGUAACCCACGUAUCGUGCACCGAGCUGAGGUCUCCAUCCUAGAGCCAAGCUUUAUCACAUCCAGCAACAGCAUGGUGGCCAUCCCCUCCCACGUUCCUCCAAAGGCAGCCCUGGGCAAUGCUCACACUGCCACGGUUACCAUCUAUGAUGAUGACCACCCUGGCAUUUUUACAUUUGAGAGCAACUCCACCAGGGUCAGCGAGAGUAUCGGCAACAUGCAGGUGAAGGUUCACAGGACAUCCGGGGCGAGGGGGAAGGUGGCAGUGCCUUACCACACCACUGAGGGCACUGCCAAGGCUGGGGAGGACUACGAAGAAGUGUCUGGCAAGCUAGAGUUUCAGAACGAUGAAACCAUGAAGCUGCUGAAUGUGAAGAUCAUUGAUGAUGAGGAGUACGAGAAGAACAAGACUUUUGCGAUCGUGUUGGAGGAGCCCAUACUGCUGGAGGUGGGCCAGAGACAUGGAGACACCAACGAUAACAAGACUGCAGCGGGGACUGAGGAUGUGUCGAAGAUGGGAUGUCCCUCUCUAGGAGAGCACAUUAAGCUGGAGGUGGUGAUUGAGGAGUCCUAUGAAUUUAAGAGCACUGUGGACAAGCUGAUCAAGAAGACGAAUCUGGCUCUGGUGGUGGGAAGCAGCAGCUGGAGAGAGCAGUUUGUUAGCGCUGUCACUGUAAGCGCAGGUGAUGAUGAUGAGGAGGAGAGUGGGGAGGAACGGUUGCCAUCCUGCUUUGAUUACAUUAUGCACUUCCUGACUGUUUUCUGGAAAGUCCUCUUUGCUUUUGUCCCCCCCACUGAGUACUGGAAUGGCUGGGCCUGCUUCUUUGUGUCCAUUUCCCUCAUUGGUAUUCUAACGGCCGUGACCGGGGAUCUGGCCUCUCAUUUUGGCUGCACCAUUGGUCUCAAAGACUCGGUCACCGCUGUAGUGUUUGUGGCCCUCGGCACCUCUAUUCCAGACACAUUUGCAAGUAAAGUGGCUGCCAUCCAGGACCAAUAUGCUGACGCCUCCAUUGGCAAUGUGACGGGCAGCAACGCAGUGAAUGUGUUCCUGGGCAUUGGGGUGGCGUGGACCAUCGCAGCUAUUUACUGGCAGACCAAAGGCCAGGUUUUCAAGGUACAGCCGGGCUCUUUGGCCUUCUCUGUUACCCUCUUCACUAUCAUGGCACUGGUGUGUGUUCUGGUGCUGCUCUAUCGCCGGCGUCCCAGCGUUUCAGGUGGAGAGCUCGGGGGUCCACGGACAGCCAAGCUUCUCACCUUCUUCCUCUUCCUCUCCCUCUGGUUCAUCUACAUCCUGUUGGCCUCCUUGGAGGCAUACUGCUAUGUGCCUGGUUUCUGAGGAAAAUGCACAGACACAACUCCUCUCCUUGUUUUUACAGUCUACUGAACGUGUAUUCUCUAUUUUCACAAAGGUUUAUAACUAUUUGUAUCAUUAGUUAUUAUUAUUGAUACUGCACUAUAUCUGACUUUGAGUCUUUGGACUUUGGAACCACUGUAUGCCACCAUCCACUAUGCUGUGAAAGAUAGCUUUAGCCACUGAAAUUGAACUUCUUCUCAACUUUUCUUCCUUUUUGAAACAGUGCGUUCAAUGGACAUUUAUCUAAUCAUUGCUAGCAGCAAAAACCACAUGAAACUUUGUCUCUUGACAUGAAAAAGCUCUAGCACCAUAACAUUUAAUACAGUUUUUAAGAUCAUGACUGAAACAAGAUUUGAAGGAUGUUGAAGACGAUGCGUGGGAUGGCAUUAUACUUGACAUGAAUGAAAAGACAUUACUUGUCUGAAGUAAUCUGUAAAACAUAGUUGUGUUGAUAUUUAUUACUCAAUUUAUUCACUGUAUAUCAUGCAAAAGAUGAACAUUGUGCGUGGGGGUUUUGUGAAAGAGUAGGUGUUUAUUUUUGCACGUUAUCAGAGUUUCAUGGUAAUCUAUUUUAAAAUACCGUAUGUAAUAUUUUGACAUGGCUGAUGUAUUGAUGUGUUCUUGUACAUGUGAUUCACAACUAUAUCAAAUUCACUGCCUGAUGCCCUUUUCCCACAUGUCAGUUAGUGUCAUGUUCAACACAGCCAGGGUUAAAAACAGGUUGUUGUUUUUUUUAAAUGUAUGUCAACUUGGGGCAGAGCACAAACUUUAAAUUGGACCAUGAAGUAUAAAAUUUUGUGUGUGUGGGGGGGGUCCUCCUCUGUUCUCUAGCACAAAUUGUCGCAAGGAUUGCACUAUCUCAUCACUGACCCCAACAAUGGAAAGGUGCAGUCUGAGCACACACAGUGGUUUUCUUAGCAGUCAUGCCGACACUGAACACUUUAAAACACUUUUAGAAGAAAAGCACAGCAGAGAGCAAAGGCUCCUUUUUCAAAUGACUAAGAGUGACGUCCUUAUUAUAGCACAGUCAUCUAAUAGGUCCAUCACUGGAGAUGCAGUGUCUUCGUGUGUCACACAGCAGUUGAUAUUGAAUUCUGUUUUUUAUUUAACCUAGAAUAAUAGCCAUAUUUAUUGUGACAGUAUUACAGUAGAACUAUUUAUAUGAUUAAAUUUAGUUUUAUUGAUGUGCACGUUUAAUGUAUAA